AUGUCAUCGGAGCUUAGAGCUGAAGAUGUCUACCAUUACUCUCCAAACAGGAGCGCUGCCAUCUUAUUCACGGUGGCCUAUGCCCUUUCAGCGGCUUUGCACGAGUGGCAGUAUAGAACAUCAAGGCCCCAAAAAUUCACGAUCCCAUUGACGCUGGGAGCCGUGUUUUCGGCAAUUGGGUUUUUUCAGCGCUCACUCCUUGCUUUUGGCUUGGGAAACACCAAAUCCCUUUACAUCUUCUCCACCAUGUUCAUCCUUGGUGCGGGGCCGACUUAUGCUGGGGCCGACUAUUUUAUCUGUGGACGCCUUUUUAGCUUUGUUCCAUCUGUCGCGCCGAUGUCUCCAAUCAGGGUCGUCCGUACCUUCAUUGCAUUUGAUCUCCUGGCUGAAAUUUGUGUCUGGGCCGGCGCCGGGUUGCUUGCCGGGGCAGGCACCGACGCGGUAACACGUUAUAAGAUUGGGCUAAAUUUGAUACGGGUUGCCGUGAUUACCCAGGCAGUCUUGUUCGCCUCCUUUGUGGGUGUUUUGACAUUGUUCCAUGCUAGGAUGCGUGCACUUCGUGCAAAGUGGCUCGUUUCUUCGAAUGGUGGUACGAAAAGAAAGCUCAUGACGGUCGUGUAUUGUCUUUAUAUUUCGUCAAUAUUGAUAAUUAUACGAUCUGCCUACCAUAUUGCAGAGACAUUUGUUCCGGAGGGUCACACUUUUCGCACGACAGAGGCACCUUUUCUCAUAUGUGAGGCGCUUAUAAUGUUUCUUAACACCGCCAUGUUUAAUAUAUUCCAUCCUGGCCACAUUCUCCCCAUUGACUCCCGCAUAUAUGUGGGGCUCGAUGGACAGGAGAGAGAGAAUGAAGCAAUCGAAGGGGCGCUGCAAGAUUCACGGCUGCUCUCGCAGAAGAUUCUGGAUCCGCUCGAUAUCAAGGGGUUGUUUGUCAGGGAUAAGACAAAAGCAUAUGAUCCUAGUGAAGAUUUGGAAAGUUAG